CAUUAAAUGAACCUUCACAGUUUUAGACUUUUUAAGUAAAGUUUCAUUGAGGUACAGUAUCAAAGAAGUUCUCUAACUCUUGCAACAGGCUGACACAAAAAACUUUAUUUGUUUGCUAAAUUGUGAGGAUGAAGUGGAAAUGGUGGCUGUCUGCAGUGGCUACAGUACUGCUGCUCUGCACAGCUGGAGCUGACAUGGAAAGCCUCCAAGCUGAGAAUCUCAAUCUUCUUCCCAUAAAUGAGCACAACAAGAUUCUGAACCGUGGAAUGAAAGUGCUGCCCAGAGACUGCUAUGACAUGCUGAUGGCAUCCUCAGGCACGGCCAGAGAUGGGGUUUAUUUGAUCAAACCACAUGACCUCCCUAUUGUGGCCUACUGUGCCAUGCAGGAAGGAGGCUGGACAGUGGUUCAGCAUAUCACUGUUAACAGCAGUGUGGAUUUUGAUCGCACCUGGGAUGAAUACAAGAAAGGCUUUGGAGAUGUCACGGGGGAUCACUGGCUGGGAAAUGAAUACCUUUAUCAGCUCACUCGUGGCCCCGCCCGCUAUAAACUGGGAGUGAAGCUUGUAGACCAAGACGCCGUCACCAAGACGGGAGAGUAUGAUCCCUUCCUAGUGGAGGAAGAAUCCACAGGUUAUAGGUUAAGGCUAGGGUUAUUCCAGGGCACAGCUCUGGAUGCUUUGACCCUAGAUACAGAAAAUUACCUUCAUGACAACCAAAAGUUUACGACUAAAGACAGAGACAAUGACAACUACUUUCAAAAUUGUGCCAAGUUGGAGUUUCAAGGUGUACCUGGAGGGGGAUGGUGGUAUGAUGCCUGUGCUGGUGCAAAUCUGAAUCGUAGAAAUGUGAUUUACUGGCAAAAAGACUGCAAUAAGGAGAAGCUGUGCAAGUAUGCAUGGAUGAUGGUGAAACCUUCAGAGACGGUUAAAGUGAUUCACAGUGGAAAUUGCAAGAAAGAUGAGCUCUGAAGACCUUCUCAGGAAUUAUGCCAAAAUCCAUAUACAACAAUGCAUACAAGCGUGCCUUUGUUGAUUGUAGGCACUGAGAUGGAUAUUU